UCUUCUUGUCAGUAAUUUUCGCCCGGCUUGUUGUAUUUUUCUGAAAUGUUAAUGUAAAAUGUGCUCCAAACUGACAUAAUAAGAAUGCAAAUUAGUCUCCCAGUGAUAAGGCUACAAUAGUUGCGAUAAUUCCUUUUCCCGAGAUAACCAAUAUCCAACAUUGAAAUCAUGGUCUACAUAUUAGGAGUUUGGUUUCCUAAAAGGCGGCUCGUGUAUUUAGGGGCCUUAAUACUCUACUUUGCAAUAUCCAAAACGUUGUUUGACAAAAUAUUCGCUACGAGCCACAUAGUCAUCGAUGAGCUCUUCCACAUACCCCAAGGAAAGGUAUUCUGCGCUGGAAAUUACAGCCACUACGAUCCGAAGAUCACCACACCGCCUGGCCUGUACGUCAUCACCACAACACACCUCGGUAACAUGUUUUUCUCAUGCAACAUCUACAAUCUUCGAUUCGCGAACCUGAUGGGCUCAUGUUUCAACUUCCUAAUCAUCAUGUUCCUUUUAAUAUUAAUUUAUGGAAGAGGACUAGACAUUUAUUUACUAAUGGCUCAAGUGUUCACGUUAAGUACACUCCCUCCGCUGUAUUUCUUCUCUUUUGUUUAUUACACUGACGUCUGGUCGCUGACGUUCUUGUUGUUGUAUUCAGCAGUGAGUUCUUUAAAUAAUCGGCAUAUGUUUAUAAUUUCGUUUGGUAUAACAGCUAUCGCGAUGCGACAGACAAAUAUCGCUUGGGUAAUAAUGUUUUUCGGCCAUAAAUGUCUGGAGGUUUUCAUCAAAAGCUCCCGAGUAUUCGGCAACCGAAACUUGACCUCUGUUCAGCUGGGUGAAAACUCUUUGAUAGGACGAGACACAGAUACAUCGAAAUUGAAACGCCAUUAUGAAUUUGAAGACUUCUGGAUUGCUCUCAAAUACCAUUCCGGCACAUAUUUGACGACGUUUUUUAAAUAUGUAACGCUCAGAGAUGCAAAGACAAUUGCCAGUCACUUGUUCAUUAUACUAACAUUUGCAACGUUCCUUGUGUUCAACGGUUCUGUUGCUUUUGGUGAUAAGCAAGCGCACGAGGUUACUAUCCACAUACCUCAGCUAUUUUACUUUUUGCUAUUCUACGGAUUCUUUGGCCUACCGUUUGUGUUAUCAAAGGUGCCGGAUACGCUGAGUCUGAUUUUCAGAAACAAAACUAGAGUUUUACUUAUCGCAUUGUUAAUGUUAGCCAUAGUACACGUCAACACUCUAGUUCACCCAUAUUUGCUCGCUGAUAACCGUCACUACACAUUUUACAUCUGGAACCGCUGGUACGGUAAAUACAAUUUUGCCAGAUACGUAAUGGUGCCCAUAUACACGUUCCUUUUGCUGAAUCUGUAUGAGAACUUACGGAAGCAUAACUGCGUUUCAUUGUUGAUUUCAUUCUGUGUUAGCAUUUUUAUAUCGUUGUGUUUCCAAAAGAUGAUUGAAAUAAGAUACUUUUUGGUUCCAUACAUGAUUUGUAGGCUUCGUUUCCGACCACCCACGUACAAGUAUGUAAUUCUAGAGUUCUUGUGGUAUUCUAUUAUUAAUGUUGCCUUUUUCUAUGUAUUUUUCACUAAAGAAAUUAAAUGGGAGAAUUUUGAACAAAUGCAGAGGAUAAUAUGGUAAUAAUUUUCGUUUCUUAUAUGAUUUGAUUAAAUAAUUUAUUAAGAUGUGUAUGUAAAUAACUAAAAUGCAUUUAAAAAGAAGACUAAAGCCCAGAACAAACGGUGAAACGAAACUGCAACUGCUAGUUACUUUGGAGUUGCAUCUAAAUUUCUGCCAUAGCGUCCGUUGAGA